AAAUUGAGUUAGCCUUGGAAUCAUCGUUAGACAUUAUAAAGUUCCAUUUUGUGCAUCCACUUGCACACACAAGUUAAACACUAUGGUAGACGUGAAGCUACUUGGAUUUUGGUCUAGCCCUUUUGUUCAUAGAGUCAUAUGGGCUUUAAAAUUCAAAGGCAUAACCUAUGAAUACAUUGAACAAGAUAGACAUAACAAAAGUGAGUUACUCCUUCAAUCCAAUCCUAUUUACAAGAAAGUGCCGGUUCUUAUUCACCAAGGAAAAGCCAUUGUAGAGUCACUUGUUAUUCUUGAAUACAUUGAAGAAACUUGGCCAGAGAAUCCAUUGCUUCCAAUAGAUUGCCAUGAUAGAGCCUUAGCUCGGUUUUGGAUUAAAUUUGGCGAAGAUUCUAUUGUUUCUAUAACUCAUUUGUUUAUGCGACCCCCUAAAGACGAAAAGGAGAGAGUUAAGGCAAUAGAAAAAGCACAAGAAACCAUCACAAUAAUGGAAGAGCAAGGCCUAGGGGACAAGAAGUUUUUUGGAGGGAACAAUAUUGGAAUGGUAGACAUAGUAUAUGGAUGUCUUGGUCAUUGGUUAGAAGGGUUAGAGGAGAUUGUUGGGAUCAAAUUAAUUGAGGAAAAGAAAUUUCCUUACUUGCAUGCAUGGAUUCAAAACUUUAAGCAAGUUCCUCUAAUUAAAGAAAAUCUUCCUGAUUAUGAGAAAUUAUUGGUCCAUCUUCAGUGGCGCAGGCAGGGAUAUAUUAUAUAGUUUCUUCAAUAUGAAAAAAAAAGUUGUAUUAAAGUGUGUAUUAAACCUCAUAGAUUAGAUUGAUAUCAUUUUUACCUAUAAUCAAGGAUUUGACACCAUUGAUA